AUGUCAGACAAAUCCACCACGGGCGGUCCAGUUACCGUGCCUCAGCCAUCAGAUAAACUCUCUGACCGAGAGCGCUAUGCCGACCUACGUACCAGUGACGACCGGCAUGGUGAGUCCCUGAGCUUUCAGAUGGGAACCGAGGAUGAACAAAUCUUCUCUCUUCGAGACAUCGACCCAGUGCUUGAUGCUAAAAUGCGCCUCAUCAAUAAGACCAUGGAUGAAAUUGGCUGGACAAACAUGCACCUCAAGCUGUUUUGUCUGAAUGGUUUCGGCUACGCUGCUGAUUCUCUAAUCCUUGCCCUUCAAGCUGUGACUGCCGGUCAGGCUGCUCUCGAGUUUCGUCCUGCGUUCUCUUAUGGUCUCAAUGUGGCUGUUUAUACAGGAAUGCUGGUUGGUGUAUUAUUCUGGGGACUAGGUGCGGAUGUCAUCGGCCGGCGUUAUGCUUUCAACAUCUCACUCUUUUUAUCUUCCGUAUUCGCCAUUGCGGCCGGUGCCUCGCCUAAUUGGAUUGUCCUUGCCACCUUUGUCGGUCUUGCUGCAUUUGGUGCUGGCGGCAACCUUGUUCUCGACACUACUGUAUUCCUAGAGUUUCUUCCUGGCAACAAGCAAUGGCUGGUUACGUUGAUGGCCUGCUGGUGGGGGCUUGCAUAUGUCAUUGUUGCCGCCUUUUGCUGGCCAAUCUACUCGAAUCCCAAGUAUACCUGCGCGGACACUGAUACGUGCACCAAGGGUAACAAUAUGGGCUGGCGAUAUGUCUGGUACGGAAAUGGAGCUCUCGUCUUUGUGUGUAGCAUUCUACGAGUCACUGUGAUUCGACUCAAGGAGACCCCCAAGUACCUUCUUGCCAAAGGUGAUGACGCUGCUGUGGUUGCUAUCUACCAAGAUAUUGCAAAGAAAUAUCAACGGCCUUGUAGUCUCACAGUUGACGCACUUGAGUCUAUGGGGGCCAUUAACUCCACGUAUGGCAAGUCUAGGUAUAGCCUCAGCGAGCUCUGGGCACAUUUCCAUGGAUUAUUCGUGACGAGGAAGCUCGCCAUCUCAACGAUUCUGAUUUGGAUAUCUUGGCUUCUAAUUGGCCUGGCAUACCCACUGUUCUAUGUGUUUCUCCCAGACUAUCUUGCCAGUCGUGGUGCCAAAACGGGAGAGUCAGGGCCAUAUUAUCAGUGGAGAAACUACAUGCUCAGCAGCGUCACGGGCAUAUUUGGGCCAGUGGCUGCUGCAUUUAUGUGCAACACCAAGCUGCUUGGCCGGAAGUACACUAUGGCAAUUGGAGCACUCAUCACCAUGGCCUUCUUCUUCGCUUAUACUGCUGUGAAGACUCCGGCUCAGAACGUGGCCUUGAGCUGUGUCAUUGCUUUUACGUUAAAUAUCUACUAUGGAACCUUAUACGCAUACACUCCAGAGGUACUACCAUCAGCUCAUCGUGCAACGGGCAACGGAAUAGCUGUAGCAGGAAACCGCAUUAUGGGAUUGGUAUCCUCCUUUGUAGCAGCUUAUGGCAACACUGCGACAUCAGUACCCAUUUAUGUAUGCGCUGUACUCUACAUCGUCAUGGCUAUCAUAGCCGUGAUCUUACCGUUUGAGCCUUAUGGAAAGCGGUCUAUGUAG